UUUCCCAUGUUUCCCCCGGCAAAGCCACGAACAUGGUUAACCCUUUGUUUCCAGAACAAUUAUCUCCCUGUCGUCCUGUUAUUCUCUAUUCCCCUGUUAGCUCAGUGCUUCACUCGGGUGUCCUGGGUGCUUGCUACACCCCGGUCUUGGAAACAUGCCGUGAUUUCCCUUGGUGCUCAGCAGGUCGCGUAACUGAGCUGGGAGCGAACCAGAGGACGAGCAGGAAGACCAUGUGUGGGGUGGCGCCGGGGUCUCGCCAGGGCUCUUCGGGUGGAAGUGGAAACAAUGCAAAUCUGCAGGCGGUGGCGUGCGGCCGACAACUGUACUGUACCCGCCUGACAUGCUUCACCCUCAAUCUGUCUCUCGCCGCAUUUUGUAGCCACACUGUUGGUCCCUACCUGGUGUCGCAGGUCACAUCCAUUGAGCGUCAUUUUGGCCUGAGCAGUACUCAGGUGGGGGCGCUGAUAUCAGCCAACGACAUCGGGUUCCUGGUGACGGUCCUUGCGGUCAGCCACUUCGGCAAGCACGCGCACAUUCCCAGACUCCUCUGCGCCGCUUACAUCAUCUUUGGCUUGUCGUCGGCGCUGAUAGCCGCCACCUACUUCAUCAGCCCCGUGAACUCUGAGACAACUGGGGUUGGUAACGGCACUGGUAGCCACGCAAUAAACAACAGCGACUGGUGUGUAACAGCAAACGAAGCGGUUGCCAGGCAACUGUGUCAGGCUGCCCCAGGACAGGAAGUGGGCAGCAACCUGCUGGUGGUGGUUCUCAUGGGGAUGAUGCUGAGUCUGCAGGGUGUCACCAAGGCAACGCGUGGUCCGCUGGGAACGACUUACAUCGACAACAAUGUGCCAGCACGCAGCCAAACAGCCAUGUACUUAGGGAUGCUCAUGACCUUUGUGCUGUUUGGACCUGCCGCAGGAUUUGUCUUGGGAGCCAUUUGUGGUAACUUACCAGUCGAUCUAAAACAGACAGAUCUGAAGACUAGCGACCCGCGGUGGGUGGGGGCGUGGUGGCUGGGGUUUCUGGUAGCAGGACUCAUUGCCAUGGCAACAGCCAUUCCUCUAGUUUGUUUCCCUCGUCGCAUGAUAAGAGGACGUGGAGAGGACUGUGGUCAGCAGCCGGCAGAGGACGACGAUAAGAACUGUGGCGGAGACUGCAGUGUACACACAGCACAGCAAGAUGCGGUACCGACAUCUGCAGCAGACGACAGAAGUGCGUCGCCUCACAGUGACGCUGCAAGAGUCGUCUGCUCAGAGAAAUCAAAGGACUACGCCUGUGGAGAAAAUAACAAAAUCUCCAUGGCAACAACUGGAGUCAAACACAAAGCAUCCCCCCUGAAAGUGGAAAGACGAGGUUUCCAAGCCAUGGCCAAAGACCUGCCCUUGUCUGUGCUUCGCCUGCUGCGGCAGCCGGUCUUCAUGGUGGUGCUGCUGGGGGUGGGCGCCAAGCUCUUCGGCAUCGUCGGCUUCACGUCGUUCCUCAUCAAGUUUGCCGAACAUCAGUUCCAUCUGACUUCCUCCACCAGCAGCUUUAUCUUUGGACUGACCAGCCUCGUGCUGGGAGGUGUGGGGACGUACGCCGGAGGACUGAUGGCUUCUCGCAUGAAGCUGACCAGACGGCGGUCGCUGCGCUUUGUUCUGGCCUUAGACUCUGUGUCCAUCAUCUUGACGAUCAUCACCAUCGUCUUGGGUUGUGAUAACCAGCCGAUGACAGGACUAGGUAUGAGUGAGGUGAGAUUUGACGAUGGCCUGAACGUCUGUUACUGUGACUCCCAGGUCUUCAGUCCAGUGUGUGACGGGGAGCAGACCUUCGUGUCCCCGUGUCACGCCGCGUGCAACGCCAGCGACAGCUUUUCAAAGACCUACGUGGGGUGUAUGUUGGCACGAAACCAGACUGUGACUGUGGGCAUGUGCUCCUACACCUGUCACCUGAUGAUACCCUUCAUCGUCACACAGGCCCUGGCCAUCGGCUUGAGCUCCGCCUGUGUCACCCCAAUAUACGUCACAGUCCUCAGGUCGGUGGCCGAGGCUGACAAGACCCUCGCCCUGGGGCUGCUGGCCUUUGUCAUAUCUCUAGUAGGCAUCGUACCGGCACCAAUCGUGUUCGGCGCCGUCAUAGACGCCACGUGUCGCCUGUGGAAGAAGGAGUGUGGCAGGGCGGGGUCAUGUGACGUGUAUGACGUCACCACCUUACGGCGGCGCUACAUCGGGCUGCAGGUGGGCGCCAGUCUCCUGGGCAACGCGCUGCUGGCAGCUGCUCUACUGAUCCUCACCUGGCAGGUACGCACCCACAGAACAGAGGACACUGUAGACGAUGGCAUUUCGGACAGCGUGAGAAAAGCAAAGAAAGACGAUGGCGAUGAUGUUACAGAUGUAGAGAUGACCCAGCUGUAAUGCUGACCUUUACUCCCAGAACAUGAACAAGCCUGUUGAUGUCAGAUGACAUCUUGCUAACCUAAUAAACAGAUGACUCCACUGAUAUCGCGAUGACAGCACUGUGACACUGAUUAACUCAUGUAAUAAACAUCUGAUGACCUCAGCUGUAGCAACGUGUAAGAGGUCAUUCUAUAAAUACCAAUCUUGUUAUCAGUAAUUAGAACAACUUGGUGAAGGAGGAAUUAAUUGAGACUGUUAACAAUUUACCAUAGAGCUCUGUGAGGGCUCUGUACUUUCUCUACAUGUCAUGUCAUUAGCACUGACACUUUCACUGUUGUGACCAGCCUCCUGGACAGGGAGGACAUAUCAGGGAAGCAACACAAAUUGGGAAUAAGGCUUAAAGGGAUCUCAAGGCUUGUGAUAAGGCUGUGGCGACGGUCAAACGUUUCAAACUAUAUUUAGUAACAAUGACAGAGCACGAGAGCAACACAGGAGAAAUAAAGGAUUCGUUUCUCACUUAAUUACACUUAUUAGCACUAUGUCGGUUGCCGAUGUUUAUAAACAUUGAACAAAUCCAGUGACAUCGAGUCAAUGACACUUUUUCCGACUUAAUCACCACGUUGUUGUAAUUACUGAUAACAAGAUUGAUAUUAAUACAAGUGAAAGAUCCAUGACACCAGCUGAUGUUCCAGGGAAAACUCGUGUAGCAGUCUUGUAGCCAGGAUAUGUGGCUGAAUGGUGUUGAAGGCCGACGAGAAAUCAGCAAACAACAGUCGAGCAUGGAUGUGAGCAUUCUCCAGGUGGUUGAGUAAAGUGUGGAGGAGGAACAGGUUAGCGUCAUCAAUGCAAAUUGUGAGGAAUGAAGACAAUUGUUAGUGGCUUGAAGAGUCAAUGCCUGAUGAUUGUCUCAGAUACUUUCAUGACCAGCGAUGUCAAGGCCACUGGUCUACAGGCAUUGACAUGGCGAGCUGACACGUUCUUCUUCUGAGGUCUGACGUCAUUGCGAAGGUUUGACGUCAUUUUACUCUAUGACGCACUCUGUGUGUAAGCUCUGUCUGUCGAAACUGAUGACAAGACAAUUUUAAUCUUUUCCAUCUUUUCGUGGCAGUCGUCUGCAGCACAUUCUCGAGGCGUGGUUGUCACUAUGGAAACAGCACGUCAUAGGGUCACGUGACGGACAAUGAGACUUCGUGGAAGCAAAAAAAGUGUCCCGUGUAAUUUCUGUUAUAAAACACAACAUUCUACUAAAAACCUUUUUCCACAUGAACACACCUAUAAAUAGACGAGAUUCAAAUGUAUCCUGCUCUGUACGCCAUUGUAAGCAGUUUUAGUUUGCAUUUACAAUCCCUGUAAAGUAGCAAGUGGCAAAUAUCCAGAUGUCCUACUGUUAAUACAUUUUUAAAUUUAACAAUUUUUAACUGAAUAAACAAUGUUUAAUUUAAAUCAAUAAAUUUAUUAGAUCAAAUCAAUAAUUUGUAAUAUAUAUAAAGGCGUACAUUUUUCGA